GAAGUACAGUAUGGUGAGCUUUUAUGCCUGUUUAACUCUUCAUGUUGCUUUGAUCAGUCAGUACCAGUGGACUGUGAAGUUUCCCGAGGUAGAACAACAAUUACUAUUGAGCAUUUGACAGGAGAAGUCAAACCUUUAGAAAAGAAAGAGGGGGACAGUAUUCCUGGAGGUGCACGAAACCUGGACGGUAUGUUGAUAGUGAAGGCGAAGAAGACGUGGAAAGAGUCCAUGCUCAGCAGAAUUGUGCAGCUGACAGAAGAAGCUCAGCUAAGUAAACCAAAACUUCAAAGAUGGCUUGACAAAUUUGGCGAGCAGUACAGUAAAGCAGUUGUGUUAUUAUCUCUUGCAGUUGCGUUUCUUGGUCCAUUCCUUUUCAAGUGGCCUUUCAUUAGCACCGCAGCUUGCAGAGGAUCAGUUUACCGAGCAUUGGGCCUCAUGGUGGCUGCAUCACCUUGUGCGUUAGCUGUGGCACCAUUGGCUUAUGCAACUGCCAUCAGUGCCUGUGCAAAAAGGGUAGCUUUUCGAAUUGGCAGACAAUCUAUUUAUUGAACUUGUGGUGUCAAAUCCUUUUCACUGGCUUUUUAAAAAAUAAAUAUUUUCCUAAUUCUAGAACUUGUAUAAUACCUCAUCAUAGUCUUUAUGUUUGAACCAUAGUCAUCCUGUUUUCAUUAUUAUAAUGUUACUGUCAGGUCUGAGCAGAACUUUCAAAAAAAAAAGUAUA